GAACUCAGAUGUUUAAAUAAAAGUUUGUCCUGAAACAGAGUUAGAAAGAUCUAAAAUUCUACUCCAUAUAUCUUUGCAAGCUGCUGGUGGAACCUUUGAUAUGUUACACUUUGAAAACCUUGCUCUUCGCUAUGCUCAAUUUGCUGCUUUUUUUAAGGAAAUCAAAGGGUGAAGAUAAUGUGGUUCUACGACAGUUUGGCUAAAAAUGUUUUGUCUCUGUCUGGUAUGAACGAUGUUCUCAUGAAAGCCAGGUUCCUUUUGAAGCGGGGGCAGGAGAUGAAGGUUGAGAUGGAGGAGAGGUUGGAGAAGUGUAACAGGUUCCUUUACCUCUUCUUCCUUGCUCCUAAUACACCAGAGUCCAGCCCUACUGUGGAGGACCUGGCAUCCAGCCUCUCCUUGGUCCUGGAGACCUACACGGUUCAGACCCAGGACGGGUACCUCAUUCAGGUCCACCGUAUACCAGGAGCAGGUCCACCAGUCCUUCUUCAACAUGGACUCAUGUGUACUUCAGCCUGCUGGUUAACAUCAGGGAAGAAUAGUUUAGCGUACAUGCUCCACAAAGCUGGAUAUGACGUAUGGCUGGGAAAUGUUCGCGGCAAUAGGUAUGGGUCGGAGCACACAAAGUUGUCUGAUUUAGAACCAGAUUUCUGGAAAUUCACAUUUCACCAUUUUGGAACCUACGAUAUCCCCGCCAUUAUUGAAAAGGUACUUGAAGUGUCUGGAACGGAUAAAGUAAGUUUUAUCGGACACUCUAUGGGUUCCACAUCUAUUCUUGUAUCUGCAUCUCAGGCCCCCCAGAUUUUCCCUAAAUUAAAUCUUGUGAUUCUCCUGGCUCCUGUAACUGCAGGGGAAAAUAUGACCAGUCCAAUUAAAAAAAUGGCUGGAUACCAUAAGCAACAAAAAUCUCUUGUGGAAUGGUUCGGUCUGUACAGCCUACCACCAAAGAUUCCUGGAGCUGGCAUGAUUAAGAAUAGACCAUUGUUCCCUUUCUUCUCUGAUACAUUUCUUAAUCUAUUAGAGGAAGGAUUUACUGGAUCCCAGGAGUUAGUAAACCAUCUUCCUUCUACAGUGUCUACAUACACUCUUCUACACUUUAGGUAUACAGGGGUAGGGUGGUAGGUAGGCAGUUUGGUA